CAAAAAUCACUAAGCAAUGACACCUUGUUUUGCCAAAUAAAAGUUUCACAACACUGACCCAUUUUCAUUCGGAGACAAAUCUCAGAGUGUAAGUUACAAGCCAGAGACUUCCUGAAAUAAAUAUGAAGAUCUUCCAAGCGUCCCUGCUUCUUAUAGCUGCAUUGGUGUACACCGCCUGUGCUGAAAGGUGUUACUUUUGUUCUACUGCUUCUUCAAGUGGCGAUUGCGGAGAUGACAGCUUUUCCAUGACAGCUGACGCAUCGGCACCUUGUUCAACUGCGAACAACUGUUGCGAGGGUACAUACUGCACAAAGAGCAAAACCACAACUAAUCUGGGAGUUUAUAGCCUCUCGCGUGGUUGCUCCGAAACUACCCCAUCAUCGGCACGAGCCAGUGUAACAUGUGACAAAGUUUCGUUUAACCUGGUUGUUCAAAGCGACACCUGGACAUGCUCAUGUACUGGCGAGAACUGCAACAAUGGCGCCUUUCUGAAACCUUCUAUCCUACUCAGUGUACUUAUCGUCACAUGUGUCGUCCUCUUCAAGUAAAUUAGACAUUCGUAUAUCAACUAGCACUCGCUUACAAAGACGCACGACACGAGACAGGUUUACUGUUUCACUUCUAUCGCUUAUAUUACUGAUGUGGAAUUUUAGACUAUGAGAAGAAACCAGAACAAGGAAAUCUCUAUGAAAUCAUGAAGGACCCUUCAGAAAAACCAAGUGACGUCACUUGUCAUUUACGCUUCGGACAAAGAACAUUGCAGUAACAAGUGGACAAUCAGGGGGACUAUUUUCAUCUAAAACCUAUGUUAUCUGAUAUUGUGCGUUUUACAGUUUGCUGGAUUGACUUCCACGUCAUAUUUUCACACAUUUUGACUCGUUUUCACGUUAUAUACAUAAUGUACAUAAGACUUGUGUAAUAUUUUUGCACUCUAGUAAAAACGAACAUCUCGAAAUGACUUCAAAGCUCGUUAAUAGCCCACAAUGUCAUAUCAGCUUGUAGAUAAACGAGCUGAUAUGUCGUAGUGGGCUUGAGAUAUUAGAUGUGGACAAUAAAGUGGGUAAUUAAAAUUAUUUUUUUUCUAUUCAAAAUUAGUUUUUUCUACAUUAAUUCACGUAAACGUAUCAAGAUAAUAGGGAGCUUAAGCUACACUUUUUAAAGAGAAUUUGUACGUGAGACGUGUAAUAUGACCCCAAGGGAUUACAACACCCUCUUAAAUUGUUUUCUCAGUGACCUAAAUUCAAUUAUUUUCCUUAUACCUUAUACUCACUCAUGUGAAUACAUACAACGUAGCAGAGAACCAUACAAGUUCCCUUAAAGCGGAUAGCUUAACCUGUCUAAUAGAACUUUUUAAAUAAAUUAGUCAGAAAACU